AUGGCGCGCAUUGCAUCGAAAGCGGCAGCGGCAAUUGCGCUGCUGGCUAUUUCGAUGCAUUACGCCGGCCUCACGCCCAGCAUCCUCGGCGUCCUUCAAACGCUGUUUCCUCGUCUGAGCAGCUCCCCGGGUCCCACCAUUAACGCGCCCAAGCUGCUCGCCGACCUGAACAGCGACAUCCUCUCAACCACCACAACCGACUCCAGCUCCUGGGGCCCCAGGAGCAAGUCAAACAAACGCCGGAUGGACUUCCUGCCAGCAGCCCUGGUGGCCCUGUCCAGACUGGUGGCAGGGGAUAGGCAGCUGCAGGACUGGAUGUUGGGAGCUACCGAGGGCGGCGGCGGCGGCGGCGGUGGCGGCGGCAUCAGCGGUGGAGGCGGCCGGAGGGAUCGGAAGCAGAUGCCCCGGGGCAAGCUGUUGUCGCGGCUGGGAGAGGUGCUAAAGAGCGGUGUGCCCCUGUGGCAAGCAGCUGCAUCCGUACUGCUGCACUCGCUAUCGAUGGUGGAGAGGGGAAGUGACAGCCCCUCACAACAAGAACAACAUCAUCAUCAGCAGCAGCAUGCCCCACACCUGUAUCGAAAUCUCCCGCAGCACCACCCUUUGGUUCUGGAAUGGGUUUCGGAGCGUGUGGAUGUGUUGGCUCACGUGGGCAAAACCCUGGUUGAAGCGGGCGCUCACUUCAAUAGCUCCGACGCCGUACAGUCCGGCGCGCAGCUCUUACAAGUGGUCACCGGACUGCCCGCUGGGAGGAAGAUGGUUCUGGAGCUUGAGGUCCCCGUACUCCUGGCGCAGCCACCCACCUACCUACCUACCUGCCCGCACGGCGCCUCCCUCUGUCCGCCCGCACGAGGUCUUGUGGCUCCCCUGGUACGGGAGGUACGGCAGGGUCAGGCAGCCAGUCUGGGGUCCUCCCUGGAGCUCCUGAUGGAGCUCAUAACGCUGUCGGAACAGGAGGGAGGGGGCAGCGGCGGCGGAGGAGGAGGAGGCAGCGGCACAGGGGAUAGCGGCGGCGACGGCGACGGGAAUGGCAACAAUGCGGUGGCCCGGGAGGUUGUGGGUGCGGGCGCCCUCUCCCUGUGUGUGCAGCUGCUCUUCCAGGGGGAUUCCGAUGCCCGGGCUCACUCAGCUUGCUGCAACCUGGUGCGGUACACGGCGUCACACCGCAAGCUGCCGCCAGCCCCGGGCAGCGGCGGCGGCAGUGGCGGCGUCUGGGCGACGAAUGAUGGUGGUGAUGAAGAUGAUCAUGACGGCGGUGAUGUUGAUGCUGCUGCUGAUGAUGAUGACGAUGAUGACAAGGGGGAUGCGGGUCACCAGGGUCCCUAUGCCGCAGGGAGAGGCGCCGGCGGCCGGCGAGGUGGCGGCGGUGUGCUGCUCUGCGAGCGCAGCGAGGCGGGUCGCGGGUCUCUAGCGCGGGAGCUGUUGCGGGUUAUGAGGGAGACGGACUUCGCUGACCUGCACAACUCGGUGCUGGAGGCGUGUCGGGAUGUGGCGCCAUCACGCACCGCCGCACUGGCGCUCGUGGAGGCGGGGAUCAUUCGGCACUUGGCCAUUGUGCUGGCACACAACACAACAAAAUCACGCGAGGAGGGCAGCCACGACGCGUCCACCAUAGCUUGGAUUCUGCAGAGUCAACGCUCCGCAGGCGCCCUGGUGGGGUUGCUGGCGUUACAACCCGAGCUCCGGGAGAGGCUGGUGGUGGAGGGCGCCCUGGGGGCUCUGGUGGUCGCGCUGCGGGUUCACUCCGGGCGGCCGGGACUGAUGGCGCAAGUGCGCGUGACGGCGGCGGCAGCCUUGGUGCCCUUGCUGGGGGAGGAGAGUCGCUACCACCGACUGGCAGUGGCGGCGGGGGUGCUGGAGCCGCUGCUGGAGAUGUACGCACGAGGCGGCGGUGCUGGCGGCAGUCGCGGCGGAGGCGGCGGCGCCGCCUCGCAUGAGGCCCAAGUAGCGCGUCGCGUAAUGACGUUGUUGGCGCGAGAGGAGCUUGUUGCGGAAAUGUUUAAAAACUUGGGCAUCGACCUGUGA